CUGUUUCAGACAAUAACAUUUAAAUAAUAUCUCUUCACUUUGUUGUUAGGUCCUGAUUCUGACACAAUGACUGGGAGGCCAACACAAUUGGACAGUAUCCAUGAGGAGUCGGACGGUGAAUUUCCCAGCCUUACAGGACCAGACCCAGACUACAAUCCAGCUCAGAGUGAAUUAUCAUCUAGUGAUGUGGAUGUGAUAAACCUGGAUAAACCUUCAUUAUUUAAGGAAUCAUUUAGUGAUGAAGCUGUUGAAGGUCCAGAUACAGAUUCAGGAGAAGACAAAGAUCAACAAACAGACAAGUGCAAUAUUAAAAAGCACAAAACCCCCAGAAAUUAUGUGAAAAGAAAUAAGAAAAAAGUAAAGAUGAACAAAGAUGAAGUGAAAACUGUGACCAUAAAAACCUGCACAAAAAGGCAGAAUGGCAAACAAUCAUGGGACAAAAAGCACUACUGUCUUUACUGUGGACAGCCACACUCAAAGAUAGCGAGACAUUUGAAGAGUAAGCAUAUGGAGAUCGAAGAUGUAGCAUAUGCCUUCAGUUUUCCAGUAGGGUCAAAAUACAGGAAAGCACUGCUGGAUCUACUGUGCAGUAAAGGGGAUUUCAAUCACACUGCCGAAGUCCUGGAACAAUGCAGGGAACAACUCGUGAUGUGUAAGCAGCCCUCUCAUAAGGCCUUGGUUGAGGAUUAUUUGCCUUGCACAUAUUGUUAUGGGAUGUUUGCCAGAAAGGAGUUGCGGAAACAUCAGUUCUCAUGCGGAAGCAAAAAAUCUUGUAUGACAAAUGGAAGGAGAAAAGUACAAAGUCAUGCUGCACGCUUGCCUCCAAUUGCUGCUUCCUCCGAUAAAUGUCAGAAGAUUAUUGAUAAUAUGCGACAAGAUGAUGUAUCCUUUCACAUCAGGACAGACUCUUUGAUUUGCAGGUACGGUGAAGCACUGCGUGCAAACCAUGUGCGUGUGAAGUCAAGACACCAGUACGUUGCACAGAGAAUGAGGGAGCUUGGCCAAUUUAUGUUGGUUGCUAAAGACAUGGAUAAGACUGUAAAGGGUCUGGAAGACUUGUGUGCACCAUCAAGGAUCGGUGAAGGUCCUGAUUAG